AGGGCAGCCUUAUAAAAAAAACCCUCAAAGAACUUCCAUUUAAUGUAUUUGAAUCACAGAAAUCAAAUGUUAAGAAAGUGAAAAGACAGGAUCUACAUACAGUAUUUUUGCAAGAGUCAUGAUUAUUUAGCAAAUAUGACACAUCAUAGCUCAGCAACUACAAAUCAGUUCUUCAAAAAGUCAGAAGUCAGAAAAAAUCAUGAGCAAACAGUAAGAUGCUGAAGGUUAUAGAUCAAAUGUUGAUUGAAUAAACACACACACACACUCACAGACACACACACAGACACAGACACACACAACACACACCUGUGUAACCUGUAUUUACUAUACUCAUGUGACAUGGUGUGUGGGUGUGUAAAGCAGAGGGGGCAGGGUCUCAUCUUCCUUUUGCUCAAAUAUCACAGAAGCCAGUUCUCAAACACUCUGAGCUGAAUAUACUGGACAAGCAUCAUGCUCUACUUCUUCCUCCUGGUUUCGUAUUUGUCAAGUACAACAUGCUCAGAGGUGCUGAGCCGUCACAGAAGGACUUGGAUAAUUGACUCCUUCACAAUUGAAGAGGGGCAUCCAGGACCUUUUCCUUAUGUGCUGGGCAAGAUAAGUGUUGACCGGAACCAUCUAGUAUACUUUGAUCUUUAUGGGGAAGGAGUGGACGAGGACCCAAAGGGAGUCAUCUCCAUUCAUAAAGAGUCUGGCACCUUGUCUGUCCACAAACCUGUGGACUAUGAGGAGAAGACGAUAUUUAUGCUGAAAUUUGAAGCCAGAAAAACAGAUUUAUCAAUUGACACUAAGUUAGGAGUUGAGAUUUCCAUACGAGACAUCAAUGACAACCCACCACGCUUUCAGAGAGAUCUGUAUGAAAUCAGCGUUGAUGAAAAAAACACACAAGGCUCCCACCUUCUGACUGUGGUGGCUUAUGACAUAGACCAGAGAGGGACGCCAAACUCCACAUUCCACUAUGAAAUCAAAUCUGUGUCUCCAAACCCACCAGACACUGAAUUCUUCAUUGAUGAGUCUGGAACUAUUUCAUUCAAAGGAUGUUUGGAUCAUGAGGUGGCUAAUAUGUUCACUAUACUGGUGGAGGCCAAAGACCAUGGUGAAGUCAUCAGCCUGUCCAGUUCAACCACUGUUGUCAUUCACGUUCGGGACGGCAACAACCACAUACCGACCAUCACUGGACAAACGGGCACUGGCAAAGUGAUUGAGGAUGAGACUGGGUCUUCUCCUCUGCGGCUACAUGUGACAGACAAAGACACUCCGAACAGCCCGGCGUGGAGAGCCAGAUACACCAUAAAGGGUGAUGAUGGAGAACACUUCAAGAUUGAAACAGACCCAGACACCAAUGACGGGAUCCUGACAGUAGUAAAGCCUUUAGACUUUGAGGAAGGAGCAAGGAGAGAACUGUCUAUCUCUGUGGAAAAUGAGGCCCCAUAUUUCUCCUGCAAAGUGAAGGAGAGGACAUCCUCAGGCCUCUGGACAGUUGAUACCAGUGAAGGGGACGGUCCUGGUGCAGGUCAGCCUCACUCUGUAAACGUAAUCAUCACAGUGGAAGAUGCCAAUGACCCCCCAGUGUUCAGCGUGGCUGUGAAAGAGGCCGUGCUGGAGGAGAACGCUCCUGUAGGAACCUGGAUCGAGAAAGUGACGGCUGUUGAUCCAGACUCCACUCACGCAAGAGAUUUUGUAUACAAGGUAGGAAGUGAUCCUGCUGGCUGGGUGACGGUGGAUCCCCAAACAGGCGACAUCACAACAGUCAAAACACCAGACAGAGAAUCUCCUCAUGUCAUUAAUGGCAUCUACACCGUCUUACUCCAUGCAGAGGAUGAUGGAAAGCCAGCUAAGACUGGCACAGCUACACUGCAAAUACAUGUGAUUGAUCAGAAUGACAACGUGCCACAGCCAACAUCACACAACUUGGAUGUGUGUGUGUCUGACAGCCCCACUACCACCAACAUCACAGCCUUUGACAUAGACUCAAAUCCCUUCGGAGGGCCUUUCACAUUUGAACUGCUGGGGGAUGUCAAAGGAAAAUGGAAACUGAAUCCUUUACAUGGUUACACAGCUGGUCUGGUGAAGGAGCCCGGAGUGUACACUGGACAACACACAAUUGAUCUGAAGAUCUCUGACAUGCAGGGAAAGUUUGGCGUUCACAACCUCAGUGUGACUGUGUGUGACUGCUCUGUUAGGGCCAACUGCAGAACCCGCAUAGCCUCCAAUGCAAAAGCAACCUCUGGUGCCAUAGGCGUAGUGUUUGCUGCACUGAUUUUACUCCUGGUUCUGCUGCUGAUGGCCGUCGUCUGCACCUGCAAAAAAGAGUUUGCCACAUUAGAGGCAGAUUCAUCUGGAGAAACCCUUCUUGUAUCAAACACUGAGAAUCCAGGCACAGACUGCAAGGUGCCUGAUGGUGUCAUGGCAGUGUCAGCUGAUAUUAAACACCACGAUCCAUCUAAAUGGCAAAGUCUGCAUGAUGGGAUGCAACACACACAUUUUUCAGCUAAGGACAUAGAACAAAACUUCAUGGACGAAUACUUUACAAAAAGGGAUUACAGAAGAGAAAAUCUGCCAUACCUUCUCGAUGAUGAAUGGAACCAAACAACCUGGAAUUCUUUUACAGCCAAAGACUACCACCACGCCCACCAGUUUGAGGACAUGAGCACAAUGGAAUGCAUCAACAAAGGGAACUUGAGCUAUGUGUCAGAUGUGACUCUCCUCACCCUGCUUCAUCGGAAGCUCUCCUCUCUCCAGGAGACAGAGGACAAUCUCCUGGACUAUGAACCUCAACUCUAUGCAGACGAGGGGGACUCGAACAUCCUCAUAGAGCUGGAGAACAUCACCAUUCCUGAUGAUGAUUCGUUACAGAAAGCACUAACAGACUUGGGCCCCAAGUUCAACCAACUGGCUUCCAUUUGCAGGCCACAACAUAUACAAAACUAAACACAUGCUCUUUAGCCAGCCUGUUAUUUUUGUUCAGUGAAUGAGGGAAACGAAGACUGUC